CAAGUCUGUCUCAGAAACCACCUCAGUUUAGUGGCACAGAGCUCCCCACUUGUACUCUGAAACUCUCUUCUUGAGGAUAUUCCUAUCCAUAUUUCACUGCUCCCACCAGCUUGAAGAUAACAUGUGGUUCUUGACAGUUCUGCUCCUUUGGGUUCCAGUUGAUGGGCAAGUGGUAGACCCCACAAAGGCAGUGAUCACUUUGCAGCCACCAUGGGUCAGCGUGUUCCAAGGGGAAACUGUAACAUUACAGUGCGUGGGGCCCCAUGUGCCUGGGAACAGCGCCACACAGUGGUUUCUCAACGGUACAGCCACUCAGAUCUCGACCCCCAGCUACAGCAUCACCUCUGCCAGUGUCAACGACAGUGGUGAAUACAGGUGCCAGACAGGUCUCUCAGUGCUAAGUGACCCCGUGCAGCUGGAAGUCCACAGAGACUGGCUACUACUCCAGGUCUCCAGCAGAGUCUUCAUGGAAGGAGAGCCUCUGGCAUUGAGGUGUCAUGCAUGGAAGAAUAAGCUGGUGUACAAUGUGUUUUACUAUCAAAAUGGCAAAGUCCUCAAGUCUUUCUACUCGAACUCUAAUCUCAUCGUUCCGAAAACCAACAUAAGUCACAAUGGAAUCUACCACUGCUCAGGCAUGGGACGGCAUCGCUACACAUCAGCAGGAGUAUCUGUCACUGUGAAAGAGCUAUUUCCAGCUCCAGUGCUGAAGGCGUCUGUGACAUCCCCGCUCCUGGAGGGGAAUCUAGUCACCCUGAGCUGUGAAGCAAAGUUGCUCCUGCAGAGGCCUGGUUUGCAGCUUUCCUUCGCCUUCUACAUGGGCAGCAAGACCCUGCAAGGCAGGAACACAUCCUCUGAAUACCAAAUAUUAGCCGCUAGAAGAGAAGACUCUGGGCUUUACUGGUGCGAGGCCGCCACAGAAGACGGAAGUCUCCUUAAGCGCAGCCCUGAGUUGGAGCUUCAGGUGCUCGGUGAGUGAAAAUGACGGGAAGCC